AUGCCGCCAUAUUGGAGCCUGGGGUUCCAGCUGUGUCAGUAUGGUUAUAAGAAUUUAACUAAUCUCCAAGCAGCUGUUAACAGGACACGAGAAUAUAAUAUUCCGCAGGACGUCCAGUAUGCUGAUAUUGACCACAUGGACGAGAGGAAAGACUUCACCGUGGACCCGGUCAAUUUCGCUGGACUUCAGGACUACUUCACGCACCUGCAAGACAACGGCAUGCACAUCAUUAUAAUUUUGGAUCCUGCGUUAAUCACAAACAACACGAACUACGAGCCCUAUGAUCUGGGCCUCCAGGAAGACUUGUACAUCAAGUGGCCGAAUGAGAGCGUGAUACCUGACACAGAUAAACCUGAUAUCAGCGGCACACGGAAUAUGCAUGGAUGGGUGUGGCCUUCAGGGAAAGCAGUGUUUCCAGAUUUUUUCCUGAACAGGACGGCCGAUUUUUGGAGAAAUCUCACUGUAAAACACGUCAAAACCCUAACAUUUGACGGGUUAUGGAUUGAUAUGAACGAACCUGCUAAUUUCGGCACCAACCUAGAAAAGAUCUGGAACUGGCCGGAGGGUCUGUCCUCCUACUGGUCAUUGAAAUGCCCUGAGAACAAUUACGAUGACCCGCCGUACAGAACCAAGGCUGCAUAUACCUAUGAUAGCGAAAGUAGGGAAGCCAGAUUGUCUGAUAACACACUCUGUAUGAUUGCUGAGCAAGAAGAUGGUCAACAACUUCACUAUAAUGUUCACAGUUUGUAUGGAUGGAGCCAAACAGAACCUACGCUAAACGCUCUGAGGGCAGCCGUGCCUGGCAAGCGCGGUAUGGUCAUCAGUAGAUCUACGUACCCAGGCAGUGGCAGACACGCUGGGCAUUGGCUUGGAGACAACGACAGCAGGUGGCCCCACCUACACGAGUCUAUCAUAGGAAUGCUGGAGUUCAACUUGUUUGGCAUCCCAUACAUCGGUGCUGACAUCUGUGGGUUCUGGGGAGAAACUACAGCAGAGAUGUGCAAGCGGUGGAUGCAGCUGGGGGCUUUCUAUCCUUUCUCUAGGAACCAUAACGGAAUCGAUAAUACGCCACAAGACCCGGGGUAUUUCGGCGAGGAGGUAGCAGUACCCUCACGUGAAGCGUUGCUGAUACGUUAUCGUCUGCUCCCGUACCUGUACACGCUGUUCCAUAUCGCACACACACGCGGCAACACGGUCAUUAGACCUCUCAUGCAUGAAUUUCCCACAGACAACAGGACGUGGGGUAUUGACAGACAGUUUUUAUGGGGGCCUGCGUUUAUGAUCGUCCCGGUGCUGGAAGAGGGGGCCACGAGUCUUACCUUCUAUCUCCCCAAGGCCAGGUGGUAUGAUUAUCACACGGGAGCCAUGGUGACCGACAAUGAAGCCAAGGACAUGUCGUUACCAAUUAAACCGGAUUCCCCAAUCCAUUUGUACGUCCGGGGAGGUUUUGUUAUUCCGGGUCAGGAACCGGAUCUAAACACUGUAGCGAGCCGCCAGAGGCCGUUCUCGCUGCUGGUGGCCCUAGAUGACCAAGACAAGGCCAAGGGGGAGCUCUUCUGGGACGACGGCGACUCUGUUGAUACCUAUGAAAAUGGAAGUUACUAUUUUGCCAAGUUCAAGGCGAACCAGGUGCAAGUGGAGAUGGAAAUUCAACACAACAACGACAUGAUGUCCAACCUUAUUAUGGGCAGUAUUACUGUACUGGGGGUCAGGGAGAGACCGCUGGCCGCUUACGUCAAUGGAAAACUACACUUCUUGGAUUACGAUAGCGAGAAUAGGGUCCUCAAAAUAGAUGGACUCGCUCCUUACCUAAAAAUGAAUGAAUCAUUUAUCGUAGAAUGGAGUGCGACGCCGAAAGCUACAGAGGAAGAAAAAGAGCGAUUGGACUGUUUUCCAGAAAGCGCU